AUGAUACCAGAUUAUACCAAGGCCUCGAUGGGAAAUUGGGGAAUCAUCAUUUACCUCGAAUCAAAAGUUGUCUACGAUGAAAGCAGAGAUCCCACAUUUCGGAGAAAAGAAGUGGCGUCGUUAGUAGCAUAUGAAAUAGCACAUCAGUUGUUCGGCAAUUUCAUCACCCCAUUAUGGUGGACUGACAUGUGGUUAAAUGAGGGAUUUGCUGUGUAUUUCCAGGCGUAUUUCCUCGACAAGUUGCAAAUUGGAUUUAAAGAUUCGCGGUCAAUGGACUUAUUCGUUACUGGGGCCAUGCACCAUGCUCUCCAUCUAGAUGAUGGCUUAUUGGGUUCUGUUACAUUGAAUCUUUAUGAUGACGAUACCUUGGAUAACCAACUCUUUGUUGAUCAAGUUCAUGAAAAAGCUCCAGCUAUAUUGCGCAUGUUACAUCAUGCAGUGGGCGACGAGGUAUUUCGAAAGGGUAUCACCAAGUAUUUCGCUACAAAGCAAUAUUCGGCGGUCACUCCCGAUGAUUUCUGGAGGGCCAUACAAAGUGCUGAAGACGAACCUUCUUACCCCCCUAGAUAUCGAUAUUAUAUGAAUAUCAGAAUAAAAGAAGUGAUGGAUAUGUGGAUAGUCCAAAAUCGUUAUCCUGUGCUGAAUGUAACGAUGAAUUACCACACUAAUAAUUACAAAAAUGCAGGUGAACUAAUAAUAACACAAAAAUGUUUCCACGCAACUGAAGGUACCAAUAAUAAAUGGUGGAUACCCAUAACCUACACUGACCAGAGCCGUCUGAAUUUUUCCAAUACUAUGCCCAUUUUUUGGUUAGAGCCAGACGAAACUCUUAGAAUACCAAUUAAUACUCUUGGUUGGAUUAUCGUCAAUCUACAACAAACUGGUAUAAAUCAAUAA